GGUAGUGGAUGUGGCGGUAGUCAGUAUCAACUGUGAUCCUCGUUCGGUGCCACCUGCAUCAGUGACGUGCUGCGGAAUAAAACUUUUAGCGUACGCUCGCGCAUUUUCGUGCAUUUACGAUUUUUCUGAUCGGAAUAAUUUUAUAGUGAUGUAUAAAAUAUCAGUGGCUUUUCUUAAACAGUUAUGGCUGACUUUGGGAGCAUCAUUGGCUUUUCUAAUAAUUGGAUUGGUGAGAGGCUACUCAGCUUCAGCCAUCCCUUCCAUAGAGCAUCUAAAUCCCCACCUCAUACAGUCUAAUGAACAAAAAUCAUGGAUUGGUGCUAUUCCACCGCUGGGUGCCUUCACAGGUAGUCUUAUAUCUGGAGAGUUGAUGCAGCGUGCUGGCCGACGGAGAACUUUGCAAAUUGCUGCGCCUCUUUGGCUGGCAGCGUGGCUCAUUUUAGGCUUUGCUAAUCAAUUCCCAUUAAUCCUUCUGGGUCGUAUUAUGUCGGGAUUAUGUGUUGGAUUCGUCUUAGCACCGGCACAAGUUUAUGUGAGUGAAUGCUGCGACCCAGAGAUCCGUGGUCGGCUCGGCUCCCUACCUACUCUCUCAAUGUCAUUUGGCAUCCUCUUGUCGUACAUAGCUGGUAAUUGGCUUCAGUGGCGAUACCUCGCUUUUUUCUCUGCUGUUUUCUGUGUGAUACUCUUCAUCCUAUUACUGCCGCUGCCAGAAUCCCCAGUUUGGUUAGACACACAAAGAUGUGAUUCGGUAGAAGCAGUUAAGUGGUUGCAUCUCUCACCGCGAGCUACUGUCAUUGUUAAGGAUGAACCUGAAGAGAAAAUCGAGUCGCCGACGCCACCAAAAUUAUUCACCCGUAAAGUAUUCUUUUCGUCGGCUGUACUGAAGCCUUUGAUUGUUGGAUUCGCCUUACUGAUCUUCCAGCAGUUCAGCGGUAUAGACGCUGUCAUAUUCUUCACAGUAGAAAUAUUCCAGAAUGCAGGAAGCACAUUAGAUGCAAUGACAGCCACAAUCAUUAUCGGCUUAGUGCAACUACUGAGCAAUGGAGUGAGUGUAUCGCUGGUGGACCGCGCUGGGAGGCGGCCCCUGCUGCUGGUCUCCGCUGCGGUCAUGUCUGUCGCUAUGGCAGCUAUGGGAUCAUCUUUCUACUUCGAAUUCGAAAAAGAAACGUGGCUUGGGUACCUACCUAUAGCGAGUUUAGUGGUGUUCAUGAUGGGUUUCUCCAUUGGUUUUGGUGGUCUUCCAUUCCUGCUGCUAGGCGAACUGUUCCCCACGCAUUACCGCUCCCAGCUGUCGGCUAUGGCCAGUGCCGUUAACUUGAUCUCCAUGUUCAGCGUGAUCAAGACGUAUCAUACUCUUGACAGCUUGCUUACGUCUGCUGGAACAUUCUGGAUGUACUCCUGUUUCUGUGCUUUGGCCUUCGUAUUUGUUUUUAUAAUGGUGCCCGAGACUAAGGGAAAGUCACUGGCUGAAAUCGAGGAGCAUUUCCGUGGAAAAAAGAAAAAUAAAGACGUAGUCAAUUUACAGAGGAUCUCUACGGUAUCUUGAAUAGGUUUUUAGAUAAAUCAAUAAGCGACUCGGAUAAAUAAUAGCUUUAAUUACACAACUUUUCAUCCGUGGCUAUCAUAUAGUUGAUUAUAAUGCCAACUUCGAAUUGGUAAUAAGGUUAUAUUGACAUAACACUUAUUAGUUAGUAAGUAUAAUGAGUUCUGUGAUUUGUUAUGAAUAUUUAUAAAAAUAGAAUUCAUAAAAAAAUACGACGAUAUUGGGUAUUGUUUAAUUUAUUUAUUUCUCUCACAACAAUUUUAUUAAAUCAUAAUUAAAUACGUUACAAUUAUAUUAAAAAAUAAUAAUAAACUCUUACAAUUAUAUUAAAAAACUAAUUAAUCAGUACAAUUACAUAUUCCAUCUGCAAAGUACAUAUUACAAAUGACUUUGUUUUACAUAUACGAGUAUAAAUAAAUACAUAAAAUAUAUACAUAUUUGUGUCAUUAGUUGAUUGUUACCAUUAUGAUGAAAAUAACACUUCAGUAAAUAUAUUCGAAUCCAAUAUACCCUCUAAUAUGAUACCUAAUAUGCUAAAGAUAGUGAAUUUGUCGCCUGUUAUUAAAUGAGAUAAGUUUACUAGACUAUUACACAGAUUUUCCUUACCAGGCACUUAGAACAAGUUAAUUUGACGAUUUGACUUAAUGUAUGUUUUGAGGACUAAAUUCGAAUUCUAGAUUCCUUGGCUGUUGGGUUUCAUAACUUUAUGGACUUUUCAGUAUCUUUAAUUUAUAUUUUGAUGUAUUUAUUUUACAAUGUUGUUGUAUUAUACCGAAACAGACAUAAACAGUGCCAUUAGUAUUAUAUAUACAUAAUGAUUAAAUAUCACAUAUUAUAUACAUAAGUAAGUAAAUAAAAUAUCCCAAUUCAAGUUUACAACAAAUUGUAAGGUACGUUCUAAUAAAUAAAUUAAUAAAUGCAUUUGUUUUCCUCUCUAAAGUCUGUUUGAAAAUAUUGCAAACAAAUCUAAAUCACAGAUUUAAAGUUAUAAUUUAAAUCUUCACGGGUAAUAAACUAAUAGAAAAUAAUCUUAACAUUAAGUACAGUGUAAUAGGUUGUGAAGAGAUACUUUUAAUUCCGAUGUGUUCUCGUGGAUUGUUUAACAUGAAAAGUUAUUUAUUUAAAGUAUUAAAUUUAGUCUUACAGAAGUUUACCUCUGACAAAUUAGAGUUGUUAACAAUUCGCUUAUUAUACUAGAUUAUAUUAUGAGAAUAAAGAAUAUUGAGAUAUUUAUUCUUAUAGUUAUACUAUAGCUUAGAGCAUCGUUUUUGAACCGGGGGGUCGCAACCAUUAGGGUGGCGCGUUUCUUAUUAAAGGGGGUCACAGUCUGUUGAGAAAUAAUAAGAACUCAUAGCUAAAACCAUUUAUUAGUAGUUGUUGAUGGACGAUUUUUGUUGGACAUCACUUGUUGUCACCUAUUGUGUAACAAGCGUGUAGUGGCGUGACAGUAGUGUAUACUGGGAAAAGACUUUGUUUUCAUUAAUCCAAUUGAUUAAUAAUUAAGAAAAUUAUCAAUCAAAAUAUUAUUAUAUAAUAGUGAGGAGGUCGCAAGACUUUUUACUUAACCUUUCGACUUUUUCGUGGGUCGAGACAUAAAAAUUGUUGAAAAACAAUGGCUAAGAGUGAUUUAGACAACUAUUUCCUAAGUUCCUUAUAUUGCGGUUAUACUAUCAAUCAAUUAAAAUAGUCAAUGCCAGAUACAAUUAUAUGUCAAAUUUCAUGACGAUUGGUUGCGAUUGUAAAGCGCUGUGAGAUAAGUAACAAACAAAUUAUAUGUAAUGUAAUUACUACCUGUUGCCCGCGACUUUGCAUGCGCGACGUUGUGCUUUCUUUCUAAGCGGAUACUUACACUAAAUAUAUCUAUGUUACAAAUGUCAGUUUUCUAGACAUAGUGGCUGUGUGUUGAUAGUCAGUCAGGACAAACUUUCAAAUAUAAAUUACUAAGGAUCGUUAACUAUACCUUGACAGCGGGAACAUCUGCUAAAUUUAAUGUUGCCUUCUUAUAUAGAAAGUAAAAUCUCGAUUCAAGAAAUAUGUUUGUAAUUUAGGUAUUUAGAAUUAAGAUAGUUAUCAAAGGUUGUCGGAAAAAAUUUGUUUUAAUGAUAACAUCGCUUUUUAUUAUUGUAAUAUGUAUAUGUAUUAUUUUUUAACUGGUUCAAACGAAAAAAGAACUAAGUAAAACAUUUUACCGAGUCAGAUGGUCAGCACGAUGAUUAAUAGAAUGAAUGAAUGAAUUAAGUUUCAUUCAUUCAUUAAUAGUAGGUUAAUAUAUUCCAUUAAGAGGUGAUAACUUAAAAAAAAACUUGUUUGUAAAUACUAGAUUAACUUGUCUUAUCAACCUAUAAUAUAAUGUGGCAUUCUUCCCACAAAAAAGGAAUAUUACCUACAACUUUUAUAACUAUAUAUACUUUUAUACCUAUACCUACAUAAGUACCUAAGUUACAAAAUGAGGCAUAUAAUAGUCCACAUUUUACAUAUACAUAGUACUUGUUUUUUAAAAUAACAUUAAUUGUAAAUACUACCACUGAUAUUGCUUUGUAUUGUUAAAUUUGUACGUUUUAACAGUAUAUAAUUAAAACAAUGCAUUUAAUUUUAUGUGUAUUAUUGAGACAGAGCUGUUUUGAAAACACGAAAUCUCGUUGUACCUUUUCAUUUCAUAAUAAAUUUCGAAGAACCCAUAAUUCCACGUUUUCGCAAGAAUUAUCAUAAUGUAUUUGUUUUUGUAGUACUAGCUAUAUAUCACAGCUUCACUCGCGUGAAAUAAAAUUUAUUUAUGUACAUAAUUUUAGUCAAAACUCACGAACUUCCUAUAAGAAUUGGGAUAAAAGUUUCAUGUGUGUUAAUCCGUGAUAUAGUUAACUUCUGUAUCAAAUUUCGUUCAAAUUCAUUCAGUUAUUUCAGAGUUAUCAAGUGUUAAAUAACCAAAUACCUUCAAGAAUUUUUCAUAUUUAUAUUAUGUAUAUAGGUAUCCUAGUGAAUAUAUUCAUAACAUUAUAAACAACCUUUUUUUUAUGACAUUAGUAGAUAUGUAUUCAUUAAAUGUAUUCUAAUCAAUCAAUGAGACUUUUCAUCAUCACCAUCAU